AUGCUCGGCCUCUCCGCUAUGCAACCCCGGCAGCUCGCCGCCCAAGUGCUCAACUUCGCGCUCGUCCUAUCCACGGCCUUCAUGCUUUGGAAAGGCCUCUCCGUCGUCGCUGACUCGCCGUCUCCCAUCGUCGUCGUACUCUCCGGGUCCAUGGAGCCCGCAUUCCAAAGAGGAGACCUGUUAUUUUUGUGGAACCGCGGGCUGGAUACGCAAGUGGGUGAGAUUGUCGUGUACAAUGUCAAGGGCAAGGACAUUCCGAUUGUGCAUCGCGUGGUGCGGAGAUACGGCGGAGGAAAAACACCUCUUCGCCUCCUCACUAAAGGUGAUAACAACGUCGCAGAUGACACCGAACUCUACGCUACCGGCCAGUCCUUCCUGAACCGCAAAGAAGAUGUCGUUGGAAGUGUUGUGGGCUUCAUUCCAUUCGUCGGAUACGUCACAAUCUUGCUGAGCGAAUACCCAUGGCUAAAACAAGUCAUGCUGGGGCUGAUGGACUUCUUCCACGCUCGAGGCCUUGACAGACAAGAACCAGAUCUAGAUGUUCAGAUGGGCGUACAGGCAGCUAUGGCAGGUCAAGUCGUUGGCAUAGAGGUGCAGGACAUGGCCAUCGAAGAAGAGAUGGAGAGUUUGAGUCUAGUGGUCCAGCAUCACCUCUACACAUGGAUCGAUACUUUCCCAUUACCCGAUAACGACUCGACCAUAUUCCCACAGGACGUCUUGGACGAGGAGAGGGUUGCACUCAGGAAAUCCGCCUAG